AUGAAGUACGAGACCGCAACCCUCCUCAUUGCCUUUUUUGGCCUCACCUCGGCAGCUCCUAUGCCAGCGCCUAAGAAUGUCUUCUCCAUUCCCCGCGCCAUGCUCAGAGGCCGUGAGGUUCCUCAAGAGCACUCCCACAACCGAUUCCUCGAUGGUGUCCGUGUCAACUUGAACAUCAACAACCCAGCAGGCAUCCAAGAUCCCGUUUUUGGUCUUCUCGGUAACGCCGCUGCCGCUGCUGGUGCAGGAACCAUCACCAACUUGGACUGUCUUCACCAAGCUACCGCCGAUCAAGCUUUCACCAACGCCAAGGCUGCUGGAAAUGUCACUGGUCAAGCAGAUGCUUUGAUGUAUGCUGCUUUGGAGAGAAACACUGGAUCCGUUGGACUCGCUAGUGUUAUCUGCAACGAGACUGCUGUCAACCCGGAGAUUGAGGCUGUGCAACAACAUCAAGAUCCUGCUUCUUCCGGAGCCGCCGCUGGCAACAAGGCUGUUGUUCUUGCUCUCGCCCAGCAACUCGCUUCCAUUGGAGCUGAUCCCCAAGAAGCUCUUCUCUCUGGUACCUUUGCACCAGGAAACCUUGACGACAACACUGGUAAAGGAAACACCUGUGACGUUGCAGAUGAUGUUGAAGGAUGUAUCUUCUCCCAGAACCUGCUCGUCGAUGAUGCCACUGCUGCCGAAAUCACUGCCGCCGUUGCCAACAUCGCCGUCUCCAGCUCUUCCAGUGCUUCCAGCGCUUCCAACUCCACUGCAUCCGCCGCCGGCGUAGCUACUUCAGCCGCUGCUGAAGCCUCAGCUUGCCCUGCCGCCGAUUCUUCGGCCACUGCUGACUCUGCUGCAAGCGCCACAGCCGCCACUGCUGCCGGAACCAACGUCCAAACCUUCACCGGAACUCUCGGUGGAGCCGCCCCCGCAGUCGUCUCCUCCACCGGAGAACGCCCAUUCACCGUCAACGGCAACACCUUCGUCGGCGAAGGCGCUGCUCUCCAACGCUCAUGCUCCAUCCAAAACACCAACUGCGCCAACGCCGCCAACUCCGGUUCCCUCGCCGGAACUUCAGUUGCUGACUGCAAUGCCCAAGAAGCUCAAUGCAACGCCGCCGCAUCCACAAAGAUAAAGCGCGCUGCCCUCGACUUCGGCACUUGCUCCGACCCCGCCAUCGAAUUCGCCGUUGGCCUCGACGGCCGUACCCAAGCUUCCUUCCAGGCCGUCAACCAGGAUGACUUCAACCACGGCUCCGCAUUGAACAUCGGCGUCAUCGCUUCUUUCAUCUGCGGUCAACUUUCCUCCAGCUGCAAAGCGGGCGCUGAUGCCAUUUCCGCCUGCACCGCUGCUCAAACCGCUGCUGCCGCAGCCACAGGCCAAGCAGCAGCCGACGCCUUCAACUCCGCGCUCGGCGUCUCCGCCGCAAAACUCAAAUUCACCCGCCGCGCCGCCGCCUCCGCCAACGUACAAACCUUCACCGGCACCCUGGGCGGCGCAGCCCCCGCUGUCGUGGAGUCCUCUGGCGACCGUCCCUUCGCUGUUGAUGGCGCGACGUUCGUCAACAAAGCGGCGGCGCUGCAGAGAUCGUGCUCCGUGCAGAAUACUGCGUGUUCCAAUGCCGCGAACUCGGGGAGUUUGGCCGGGACCAGUGUGAGUGAUUGUAAUGCGCAGGAGGCGGCUUGUAAUGCUGCUGCUGCGUAAGUAAGGUUUGAGUUUCGAGUUGGAGGUUUUCUGGAAUUUUUGGUUUGGGUGAGUGAGUAAGUGAGUGAGUGAGUGGUUACUGGAUGACAUGUAUAGGGGGCGAUAUCUUGUAAGGGGAGGGAGGGGAGGAUUGAGGAUUUUAGCGGUAGAUGGGCGGGUGACGGUUGCCCUUUUAAUUGAUAGGCGUUUCGAGAGAUCUUUUUGAUUUGAUGGUGGGGAGAGAGAGCAUUGAGGAGCGAGAUUUGUACAAUAGUGUACAGUACAGUACGUAUGAGACGAGAACACGAAUAACGGUCUGUUC